AAAGCCAAGCAAGCAAUUUUCUGCGUGCGAUCACCGAUGGUUUGGGUUCGUUUGUAAAUGGAUAGUGAUUCGUUAUUUCGUUCGCAAUUAUUAACCGCAAGCAAAUGACCAGUUGCUAAUUGUUUUCGCAAAAACAUCUGUUUUAUGAUUUUGUUGAAGUUUCUGCCUGUGGCGUUGUUACUGCACAGGCAAGUUUUGGCAAAAGUUCCCAUAAUGGAUGUAAUCAGGCAAUGGCAGAGUAUAGCUUGGUGCAAACCAGACUGGUGUUUCCCCAGCAUGAGUAAGGAGACGAAUGAGCUGUUACGUCAGUGCGCUAACCUGCCCAAAUUGGAGUUGUCCGAUGACGUCGAAGAGAUUAUCAAGAAGAGCAAGGCUUUUCCCAUACCGUUUCCUAUUGAGACUAUAAGACUAGAGAGACUCAAAAUGCGCAGACCGAUCGAAAGACUGAAGAAAAACAUAGCGUCAACCUAUCCUGUCAUACAUGAGAGGGUACUGCUGUUGAUGACACAUUUUCUCAUUUACAAAAGAGAGUUCGGUUCGAGCAUAGAGAAGGCCUUCUACAAAGACAUGACCGUGCCAGAACUGAUCGACAGGCUACUGAAGAAGCGAGCGGCUGUCUUCAUGGGCCCAGAGGAUACCUACAAAUUGGUGACUGGACAAGAAAGCGAAGACGGCUGGGAAUCAGUGGGCACAUUACAACAGAAGCCACCGCUACUCCUAGAAAACUGUCUAAGCUACGAUGAGAUGAAGUUAUCAGCCUUUGUAUAUGUUAGCAGCCCUACGGAAUGCAUCAACAAUGGAUCCAGGCAUAAUGAAGGGGUUGAGAGCGAUGAUGAUGCGGAGACACACGCUGUUAUUGUGGGUCAAAUAGGCGCUCGUUUCGAGCGUACCAACCGUAUGGAUUACGAGGAUAUCGUAAUAACUGAACAGCAGAACCGCCUUGAGAAUGGUUAUGGUGAAGAGGUCACGCCUACAACUUGCCUCAAUGUACUGAAGACUACUUACGUGCGAAAUAACCAGUCGGCCAGGCAUAUGUGGCGGCAAAUGUGGGCAGAAUUCUAUCAGGUGCACAGCGUAACCUACGAAGAACUAAUCUCAUACGUAACAAUAGAAACGAAAUCGGAAGAGAAGCAAUACACAGACCGGUACAUACCAAUCGGCGAUACAGUAGUGUUCGACAAUGAAGUAUACUAUAAGCGGAUAAGCGUGCUAGCGGAGAGCGCGCUGCUUGAAGCGGAGCACAGGGCCAAGGAAGCGGAGAAGGACGCGUUUGUGAAUGUGAUUGGAUGUGGUCUUGGCGUUUGGUCACUAUCUCGCCACCAAAACGACGUAUACAUCCUAACGUUCCUCGAACGAAUCCGCUCUUUCCUCAAAAAGGACCUUCUGAACCACGUAUCCGACGUCAAUUUCGCGUACAUACGUCCCAGCAGUGGGAUUGUGAACCUAUUCAGCGUGGAGAAGAGGAUAUUCUUGGAGAGUAAAAGACAUCCUAGAGGUGGGAUUAAUGUUCAGCUGGAGAAUCGGGAGCCGUCUGCCAAGUUGACGGGAGAACAUGAAGGGAAGUUGUUGGUGAUGAAUUACCCGUGGGACGGGAAUGCGCUUCCUGGGAAUGAGUUUUGGCUAGGCAGUCUGUCCGGCUCAGGCGAUCCGGCCACCGCAUCCUCAACCCAAGUGUCCGAACUCCACAACCCGCACAUCAACCCGUUCGUAACCGGACACAACACAAGGGUAGUCGGCAAACACGGCAUGAAGACGCUGUCCGAAUACUGUGCUAGUUAUACGUAGAAGAAAUAGUCGGUCUGGGUGAGUUUUUGUCAUUGUAUUUUGGACUUUAUUAAGAUGGAAUAAGGUUCAAUAUGAGUUUUACAGUCGACAGCACAUCAACCUAUACAUUUUUGUUGCAAAAUAGCCUGUAUUACAACGAGAUAAGACGCCACUGUGUUUAGGUUGAUGUGCUGUCCGUACAUAUAAGUAAAGAAUCCUGCUUGGAUUUUUGCAUUUUUGCCACCGUAUGUUGAACUUUAUUAAGAUGGAAUAAUGUUCAAAAUAUGUUUCAAGAGUUAAAUAAUAAAAUUACAGAAGUGAAGUAAGACGCUGUCCGAAUACUGUGCUAGUUAUACGUAGAAGAAGAAAUAGUCGGUCUGGGUGAGUUUUUGCUACUGUAUUUUGGACUUUAUUAACAUGGGGUACGGUUCAAAAUAUGUUUCCAGAGUUAAAUAAUAAAAUUACAGAAGUGUGAGGGUCGGUAAGCAAGGUAUGAAGACGCUGUCCGAAUACUGUGCUAGUUAUACGUAGAAGAAAUUGUCGGUCUGGGUGAGUUGUUGCCACUGUAUUUUGGACUUUAUUGAGAUGGAAUAAGAUUCAAAAUACGUUUUUAAAGGUAAAAUAAUAGAAUUCAGAAGUACGGUGAUCGAUAAGCAUGGUAUGAAGACGCUGUCCGAAUACUGUGCCAGUUAUACGUAGAAGAAGAAAUAGUCGGUCAGGGUGAGUUUUUGCUACUGUAUUUUGGACUUUGUUAAGACGGAGUAAGGUUCAAUAUGAGUUGUACAUUAAAUUAAAGAAUCCUGCCUGGAUUUUUGCAUUUUUGCCACCGUAUGUUGAACUUUAUUAAGAUGGAAUAAUGUUCAAAAUAUGUUUCAAGAGUUAAAUAAUAAAAUUACAGAAGCGAUGUAAGCAAGGUAUGGAGACGCUGUCCGAAUACUGUGCUAGUUAUACGUAGGAUUGUAUAACUUGUAGGUCUGGGUGAGUUUUUGCCAUUGUAUUUUGAAUUUUAUUCAGUCGAAAUAAGGCCCAAAAUAUGUUUAUUGUGGGGGAAAAUAGUUACAGAAUUAUCGGUCUGUAAUUUUGCCAGCGUAUUUUGAACUUUAUUUAGACGAGAUAAAGUCUAAAAUAUAAAAGCUAAAUAUAGUAAUAUAACGCUGUCCGAAUACUACGCGAGGUACACGUAGAAUUAUAAAAUUGUCGGCCUGGAACUUUUGCCACCGUAUUUUGAACUUUAUUCAGACGGAAUACGGUCGAAAAUAUGUUUGAAAAUUUUAACUAAAAGCUUUUAAAAUUGUGAACGGUUUGGAGGGUUAAAGUACGGUUAGAUAGAAGCCUUCCCAUUAUACGUAAUAAAGUUUUAAUAAAAUUUGUUGCCAUUUGUUGACAAUUACUUUAAAUAAGGCAACUAUUUAAUCAUCAUUAUUUGCCACUGCAUUUUAAUCCUUAUUGCCUUACAUUGCUUCAUACAAUAUAUGAUACAGUCAGGCGUCAAAUAAUUUGUGACACCCAAAGUGGCCAGAAAGUUGAAAAUACUAUCUUAUUCCAUGGGAUGAUGACUGGGUAAUGAAAUCGAAAUUCUAUUUAGUCCGUCAGACAGAUAAUAAAAACAUUUUGGACACAAUGUUUUUAAUUUAUUUUUCAUAAUCGAAUAAUUACAGUAUUAUAGGUAUUGAGUUGAAAUGUCGCGUGACGUCACUUUUGAGUAAAAAAUCUACUCAAGCGUGACGUAACGCGCCAUUUCAACUCGAUGUAGCACUUUUAUUAUUUAAUUAUGAAAGAAAAUGAAAAAUAUGAGUCUAAUAUUUUCUAAUUAUCUGUCUGACGGACAAAUAAUUGAAAUUUUGUCAUCUAGCCUAUUGUAAUAAAGACGUGUUGCGAACUUUUAGGCUACUUUAGGUGCCACGAACUAUUUGACGCUGACUGCACAUAAACCUAAGAAUUUCUCCAUUGCAUUUUGAAAUGUAUGCCCUUGCCUUAAGUUACAAAAUCAGUGUGCUGUCUAACAAAUAUACCCUACAUUGCAUGAGCUAUACUUUGACAUAGAAAUAAACAUAAAUGUGUAUGUGAGAAAUGCGAACAAUAAUGUAUCAAAAAUGAAAAAUAUAUAAACAUGUAUAGAUGUAUAUAGAAUGUGUAUAAAUAAAAAUGUAUGACUGAAAUAUGUAUUAAGUGACAAUAUAUUCUCAAAUCAAUUGUUGUAUGUAACAAGGUCUAUUAGGUUACAUAGUUAUUGUUAUAUUUUAAGUGGUUUUGUCCUUUAAUAUUGGCAAAGUACUGCAAGGAUCUAUAAUGCAUCUAAAUUACUACAACUCAGUGGCUGCA